AUGACGCCCACGCCUCCCUCGACGAACUCGUCGCAUUCUGGCGCCUCUCCCGAUCAGUUCCGGGUCGUGCGCAAGCGAAAUCGAAUCCCCUUAUCCUGCGCGCCGUGCAGACACCGAAAGCUGAAGUGCAAUCGACAGUCUCCCUGCGAUAACUGCACAAAACGAGGCGAUACUGGCUCAUGUACCUACGCUGCUCCCGCCGCAAGGAAGAAGGGCAGUCAGAGUCAAAAUGCUGCUAACGCGACACCCGAUGAUAUGCAGAAUCGGAUAGAUCGGCUGGAAGGAUUGGUUUUGUCGCUCAUGACCAAUGGCUCGUCAGCCGUAGGCCCAGCCGCCGCUGCCCAGGCCCUUUCGGCCGGAUCGAGCACUAUUGAGAGUGGUUCAUUGGGGCCGAAUCUUGAUAAUGAAUUGGACGAGAGCGCGAUGAUGGAUGAUGCAGAUGGCCAAGAGCCUGAAAGUGAGACGGAUGGUGUGACCAAGAGCUUUGGAAUUCUGAAGGUCGACGCUGAAAAGCAAAAGACCUUCUACAUUGGCGAGGCGCAUUGGGCGGCUUUGCUGAAUGAGAUUGGCGAAGUCAAGAACUACUUCGUCGCUCACAAGAAAGAGUACGAGGCUCAGAUGGAGAAGGUCGAACAGGCCAGAAAAUCCAUGGGCGCAGACGUGGGCUCAGGUCCAGCUUUGCUCUUUGGCUCUACCAUUCCACCCAGUCGAGCAGAGAUUCUCGCACAAAUACCAUCUCGGUACAUGUCCGAUAUCCUGAUCGGACGAUAUUUCAAUACAUUUGACCCUGCCACUCACAUCCUGCAUGGGCCGACAUUUCAGCGACACUACAAUCAGCACUGGGUGGACCCGUCCAAAAGCUCGAUUGUAUGGGUGGCCAUGUUGUUCGCCAUGAUGCGCCUUGCCAUGUUAUCGUAUGGACGGGAAGGUGAUGAACCACCCGAGUUUCGUGGCAAAUGUCAGGAUCUGGCCGCGAAUUUCCGCACGCAAAUGGCCCACUGUCUCAUCACGGCUGACUAUACAAAACCACACAACUACAUUAUCGAGACGCUGAUAUUCCACCUGCAUGCGGAAUACACUUCCAAUCGAGAUGCCGAAGCCAGUGUCUGGGUGUUGGUUGGCAUGAUCGCUCGUCUCGCCAUGCGGAUGGGCUAUCACCGUGACGCGAAACUGUUUCCCAAUUUGAGCCCAUUUCAAGGCGAGAUGCGGCGUCGUGUUUGGACAUUUGUCCGAAGUGCUGAUCUUCUUUUUUCUUUUCAAGUGGCGUUGCCUUCGAUGAUUCGCAUUGGCGAUUCCGACACCGAGUUGCCGCGCAAUAUCUACGACGACGAAUUCGAUGAAGAUUCUGCGUCAUUACCGCCCGCUCGUCCUGCCAGCGAAGCCACGCCGAUCUCGUACAUGAUUGCAAAGGGGCGCUUGUCCUUUGGUUUUGGUCGAGUGUUGGAGGAGAUUAAUGGAGUCAACCGCAAAGGUUAUGACGAAGUUCUCAAGAUUGAUCGUGGAUUGAGAGAUAUCUACGAAAGCAUCCCCGACCACCUCAAACUGCGACCGAUGGCAGAACAGACGCUGGCACCCAUCUCGUUGAUCAUGGCGCGCUUCAGCCUCGCGACGGUUUACCACAAGUCUCAAUGCGUCCUCCACCGCCGGUAUAUGCGUCUUGCCAGAAAUGGCAACAGGUAUAUGCACUCAAGAAGACAGUGUUUGGACUCAGCUAUGCAGUUACUGAGCUUCCAGGCAAUUCAACACCAACAGAGUCGGGAACGUGGACGACUGAGGAGUCUACGCAACCAUGUGAACUCACUGACCGCACAUGACUACCUCUUGGCAGCAACGAUUGUCUGUAUGGAUCUGUACAAUCACCGGGAGCGACCCGACAGUAAUACCAACGAUGUGAGCACCCCGAAUACUUCCGUUAGUGGCGGCAGUAUCAGUCAAGGCAGCAUGUCGUCAGAUGGAGUUUAUAUACCCGGACUCAGCUACAAUCGCGAAGAUCUCAUCCAUGCAUUGGAAGAGAGCCGCGACGUCUGGAUGGCGAACCGUGACCUGAGUAUCGAGGCUUACAAGGCCAGCGAGCUUCUCAACGUACUGAUAUACCACAUCAAGCAACCCGCUUCUCCCAACAAUACUCAAAACGCGCAGGUCCCGAUAGGAAUACAGCAGCCGCAGGGUUCGAACAACGACGAGCAGAAUGCAGCAAUGACGUUGGGCAUGCUUCAAGCUGGAGGCAUAGGAUCUAGCGGGCAGGCAGGCGGCAUACCGCAGGCAGCAUCACCGGGUGGCGCAUGGGAAAAGACAGGAUUAUAUCCCAAUCUUGGGGGGAACAACGAGCAGUAUAACGCGGGAAUAUUUGGACCAGCAAAUGCGACAAGCCCUUUCCCAAGUGGAUGGUUUGGCGGUCCGAUGGGCAACCUAGACCAGGGCAUGAAUUUGGACUGGGAGGCAUGGGAUCAAUACAUGCAACCCUCGAGUCUCACACUGGAUCCGGCAGCAAGUUUGUGGUCCAACAACUCGCCCAACAACAAUCUUUUCACGCAGACUUCAUCUCCCGAAAACACCACUUCGGAUGCUACUUUUGGAAUGAGUACAGGAUCUAGUUUCUAUCCACAAACCCUGGGGAGCAUGAUGACCGGGUCGACACCAGACCUCUCCAAGACUGAUGGGUCUGGACAGACGCAGCAGAUGCCUAAAUUGAGUGCAACUUCGUCUGUGGGUGCGAGCAACGACAACAACGCUGCGGGAGAGGUGUUUAUGGGUGUGCAAAGUCCACCGGGUGCAAGUUGGAAGUGGACUGUGAUGAGUGACAAGAAAUGA